UACGCUGUCCCGGCCACUGCUCUUCGCCAGUUUCGGAGAGAGUUUGUAUUUGAUUUUGAGUGCUUGAAGUAGGUGAACUGGCAGUCUCCCCGUAGUGAACGUCUUUGGUUGCUGUUGGAAAGGAGUGGGUGGAAGUUUGCCACAAUGUCUUCAGCGGCAGUUCAAUCAGCGCGGAAGUCUGUGGAGCAGCUUCGCAGCGAAGCGGGAAUCUCAAGAAUGAAAGUCUCGCAAGCUGCUCAAGACUUGGUAGGAUAUUGCACAACGCACCAGGUGAAUGACCCGUUGCUUGUUGGAAUUCCUAACAACGAGAACCCCUUCAAGGAGAAGGUCAACUGUCUAAUUCUCUGAUAUCUCCAUCUUUCACUUUGCUGCCUGGUAAGGCGUUCACAUCUGGUUCGUUCACUCUCUUCUGUUGCUGCCUUCUCGCAGUUCAGUGUCUUACCGCUUGCUUCUCUCUAUUCUGCUGCCUUUGCUUCACUCUGCAAUGCCCUGCAUGAUCUUUUCUUCUGCUCACUGGCUAUUAGGCAUGCUUGCAUUCAUGACUUUGAAAACAUUCCGUCACCAGCAUGCAACACAUUCCAGUAGUCGUCAAUACUGUAGCUGAUUCCAGAGUCUGGGACUGGAGACCUCUUGUCAUCUAUUUCACUUUAUUCUGUUGUUUCGUCUCUCUUUCUUACGACAGCACGCUUUUGCCAGCUGUUAUGGGUGGGCCCUCUUCUCUUUUAGUGUGCUGACUUCCUUCUGCUGCCCUCCUGGCAGUUAAAGUACCAUACUUGUAAUCAUAUGCGUCCACCGCAA